CGCCCGUCCGGCCUGGCCUGGGCCUGGGCCUGGGCCUGGGUCGGCGGCGCAGCUGGAGGCUUGCGUGUGAGGCCCGGGCAAGAUGGUGCUGGGGGGCUGCCCGGUGAGCUAUUUGCUUCUGUGCGGCCAGGCGGCUUUGCUGCUGGGGAACCUGCUGCUGCUGCACUGCGUCUCUCGGAGCCAAUCGCAUAACGCCACUGCGGAACCCGAGCUCUCCUCUCCGGGCGUCGUCCCCCCGGAGGGCUUCCCCGGCGCCCCCAGCUGGGAAUAUGGCGACGCCCACUCGCCGAUCAUCUUUUGCGCCUACCUGCCUGAUGAAUUUAUCAAAUGUGAAGAGCCAGUGGAUCAUGUUGGAAAUGUAACCGCAUUCCAGGAGGUUGGUCAUGGCUGUCUCAAGUUUGGUGGUCAGGCCUACAGUGAUGUACAACACACUGCAGUUCUGUGCCGGGCUCUAGAUGGAAUUGAAUGUGCCAGUCCUAGAACCUUCCUACGAGAGAAUAAACCUUGUAUAAAAUAUACAGGACACUACUUCAUAACCACCUUACUCUACUCUUUCUUCCUGGGAUGCUUUGGAGUGGAUCGUUUCUGUCUGGGACACACUGGCACAGCAGUAGGGAAACUGUUGACACUUGGAGGACUUGGCAUUUGGUGGUUUGUUGACCUAAUUUUGCUUAUUACUGGAGGCUUAAUGCCAAGUGAUGGCAGCAAUUGGUGUACUGUUUACUGAAGACCUGAUAUUAUUAGCCCCAAAGGCAAGUCUUACAAUUUAAUAUUUAUAAACUCAAAACUGUUUCUUGAUAUCAAGCCUAACCAUUGCUUCCCUACUGUGGAGGAAGUAGGUUUGUUUAAAAGGUUUUUUGGGGGGCCGUAGCGGUGGCACAAAGGGUAAGGCAUCCCCCUUGCCCGCUCCAGCCUAGGACGGAAUA